AUGUUGUUUAGAGUCGUUUUUUUCUUUUUGCUUUUGUUGGCUGAGGAAGCUAUUGCUAAAGACUUGUCCUCUAGCAUUUACUCGCGAUACACCAACAAUACAGAGGAGCCCCCACGGUCAUGCAUUUUCGAGAAAGUUACAGUGUCGAACACCCAGGAAGCACAAGCGAUCAGCCAUUGUGAGAUGAUCCGAGGCAAUAUCGAGGUCACGGAGUUUGAAGACUCGAUUCUCAGAUUGGACCGCAUAAGCAAGAUUGAGGGUAGCUUGAUCAUCAGAAAUAGCGAGAAUUUGAUGCGCGUGGAUGCUUACUCGCUCCGCGUAAUCACCGACACGUUCCACAUGGAAAGAUUACAGCUGUUGGGGUUAAUCGAAAUGCCCAACUUGGCCUCGGUGUACAGAUUGGAAUGGCAGGUAUUACCGCUUUUGAGCCAGGCGUCGAUUGGCAGCCUCAAAGACGUCAGGAGCGUCACCGUCUCGGACACGUCGUUGGAGAUGAUUUCCAAGUUCGCAGGGUCCGAGUUGCAGGACUUGAAUAUCAACAACAAUCGGUUCAUGGAACUCGUCGAUUUUGACGCCGAGACAGUCAGCAAUCUCUUGCACAUCACAGGGAACGCCCCCAAUAUGCGUGUGAAGCUUGGCCAGUUGCGGCUGGCUCGCAACAUCAGCGUGAGCAAUGUUCGCGAGUUGAACAUGACACGGUUGCGCAAAGUGGACGGGUCCAUGAGCAUGGUGGAAAACACGCUCACGGAUAUCUCGUUCCCAUCGCUUUCCGAAAUAGGCGGGCUGUUCCGCAUGGCCGAAAAUCACGAGGCCAACGGAGCCAACUUCGACGCGGUGCUUGACAUUGGAGGCGGCGUGCUGAUUGCAAACAACAGUGCACUUUCCAAAAUCAAUUUUCUUCCCAAACUUCAGGCCAUUGGAGGUGCUCUUGAGAUGAUAGGCGAUAUUGCGGACACCGAGUGGCAGAGCUUGAAAAUGGUCAAGGGCAGUAUCAGUCUCCGCUCGUCCGACUCGAAUUUCGACUGCAACAAGUGGAUCUCGGGCCCCAUAAAGAACACCUUGCGGGGCGGCGAGAUUGCGUGUUUCCUGCAAAGCCCUGACGGGUCCACGACGUCCGCAUCGUCCGGCGCCACUGGCGUUGAUCAAGUGUCACAGGGCGCCAAGCACUUCAGCAGGUGGAUCUUGGCCACGUUUGUUUUCGCCGUCUGCUUGAGCGCCUAG